AUGGGUGCAGCAUGUGCUAAUGCAAAAAUGAAUUAAACAGUUCCUAUAAUAAAGAUAACAAAUGGAGAAGAUUAAACAGAAUAAAAAUAAGAAAAUUAAUAAUAAUAAUAAAGAAGUACAUCUUCAAAAGAACAAAAACUUCCUAAAUUAAGCACACUUUCAAAAUAAGUUUCAAUUAUUUCAUCAGAUGGAAUACCAAUUAGAAAAAAUACAACAUCACGAAUGUCGAUUUCAGGUGAAGAAAGAGAAAAGAAACCUAAAAUCUAAGGAAAAAACUAAGGAUUAGAAUAAUUGUUAAAGCAAAGAGAAUUUAUCCUAGAGAAAUUUCUAAAUGAUAUUUAAUUAUUAGAAAAGUCAAUAAUGUCAGAUGUCAUUCAGAUGUUGAGAUUCUUCUUAUCUCAUUUAGAAUAAUCAAACAUUUAUUGGACCAAGUAAUUAAAUUUAUAGCUAUUCUUAGAGUUUGGUUAAUUAAUAAGAAUGAUUAUAGUAUUGUUGUUGGUUUUACUAAUAAUAUAGGUGAAUCCAGAAAAAUCAGAAUCUUAUUCACUAAAUAAAUCGAAUAAGUAGCAAAUCUACUGGACAACUAUUUAUUUUAUCAAUAAAUUGCAAGCUAUAAGAUACAUGAUUUUAGUUUCCGAUUAAACAAAAAACACAAUAAUUAUUAUGUAUUUUCUGAAUAAGAAUAUUGUGAUAUGUCUUUAGAGAAUAUAUAAUUAUAACCAGAAGAUAUAUAACCCUUAUUAGAAUAUCUCUUAAAUACUGUCUACUUUAUGCAUUAGAAUUUCUAUGUUCAUUCAGGGUAAUUCAUAUUUUUUAUUAAGAAUUAAGCCAUCCAAUGUUUACAUGAUUCAUCAUAAAUAAAAGGUAUUUAAAUUAGAUUUGAGUUUUUCUGCUUUUAGAUUCUCAAGACGACUUAUCAAAAAUAAAAUUAAAGAUUUUAGAGGCAAUCUUGUUAAUGAUUUAGAAGACAUUGCUAUACUUAUCAUAAAUUCAUUCUAUAAAGGUGCUGAUAUCAGAUAACAAUUAAAAUAAAAAAAUAUUGAUUUUGCUAAUAUCAUUGAUUCCUUGUAUUUAAAAUAGAAAAAUGUUAUCGAUUCAUAUAUCAAAGAUAUUAUACUUUUAUUAUACAGAAAUAGACAAUAUCUAUAUGAUCUUAAAGCUACUGAUUAUGUUUAAUUCUUGAAAUGUCAUUCUAAUCCUGAACUUACUAACAUUUUUUAAGAUACACCUAAUCUUAAUUCAAAUAAUAACAUCAAGACUGUACUCUUUGAAUAUUCUAAAAAUAAAGUUAUUUUUUAUAAUUUAACAUCAAUCAGAAAUCAAAAAUCAUACACUUAAUAUGAAUUAAUUGAUUAAAAUGGAUAAUAAAUUGAUAUUAUAAAUGGAAGUGCUUAUAUUUAAGAUAAUAAAUUUUAUUUUGCAUUUGAAAAUAUGAUUGGAAUGAUCACAAUCAAAUUAAGUUCAGAAUAACUUGAAGAUACUUUAGAAAUGCUUCAAAUCUCUCUUAGAUAAUAUUUGGCCACUAAAGAAUAACAAAAAAAAGAAAGAAUUGAUUCUGCUUAAAAAAAUUAUUAAUUACAAUUAUAAAUCAACUAACAUAGUCCUACUACAUAAAUUGAAGACUAAUUCAAAUUUAAAGACACUACUCAAACUUAAAAAUAACCUAAUAAGAAUUUUCAUGAUAGAAUUUAUUUCUCUAUCUAAAACUUAUAAGAAAUUUUUAGCAGUAUUGAUCUUGAAUCUAGAAAUUAUAUUACUGCUUAAUAAUUAUAUGACUUUUUAUAAUAAUAAACAGAUUCUAUUGAUAAUUCAUUACUUUAAUAACUUUUAUUUGAUAAAAUUUAAGAAAUUGUUCUAUUCUUCUCUGAUAAGAAUUUGACUUUUCAUGAAUUCUUAUAAAUAUUUUCAUUUAGAUCAAAACAACAAUUACCUAUUUAUAAAAAAAUUGUUAAACCAUUAAAACAAGUUUAAAAUGUAAAAUCAUUUACAAUUAUUAACAACACUGUACAUUAUUAUGAUGGCCAAUAUUUAUAUAAUGAUGAAAAUCAAACUGAAAUCCAAUACAAUCUAAAAUAUAUUAUUAAUAAUCAAAAUUAAUUAUUAAUUAUUGGUAUACAAGAUGGUUGUCUUCAAAUUAAUACUUAAUUCAAUUCAAUUCAAACUGAUGUAAAUAUAAAUUCAGAUUUUGCAUUUUACAAAUUUAAUGAUGUUUACUUCAUCACUUAAUAAGAUGAAAUUAUAUUGUAUUCUCUUAAAUUAAAAAAAAGUGUAAGACUUAAUGUUUAUGGAAUAAAUUCAUAAUGCAAUUUAAUUUACCAUAAAUAUUUUAUUCUUUAUUUAAAAAAUGAAAAUGUUUACAGAAUAUUCAUAUCAUAAGAUAAAUGGUGUAUUACAUCAUUUAAUGUUUUUGAAAUUUUAUUUGAACAUGGAAGAUUAGAUUAAAAAAUCAAAUUAAAGUAAAUUAGUACUAAACAAAAUUCAAGUGAUGAAUUAAUUGGAUAAUAUUCUAUUAACAAAGUUUAUUAUCCAAUUUCAAAUUAAAAUCCAUCACUAUUUAGAAUCUUAUCUGUUUCAAAAGAUUAAUAAAAUUAUUUAUUAAUUUAAAGAAUUGUGCAUGUAGAAUUUGAAUCUUUUGAUGAAUGCUAUUAAGUAUGUAAGUAUUUAGAUCCAUAUUUAUUGGAUUUCUUUUUGAGCAUGGAAUAAUUUGAUGGAAAAUUAAGAUUAAAUUAUAUUAUAGAAAAUUGUGAUCUUAUUUAAAAAGAAGAUUGUAAUUUCAAAUUAAUUAAAAGAUGCAUUAAUAAAUUAAAUGAACUAAAAUUGCAUGAUAUCUUUGUUUAAGAUAUGCAUCCAAAUAAUAUUUUUAUUACACCUAAUUCAGUUAUUUUUGCCUCUCUUAUUUACAAGACAAAUAUUCCUAGUAUUUAUUAAGAAAAAUCAGUACCAUUUAUGUCUUCAUUAGAGUAUAUGGAACCAAAAUCAUUUUUGGCAUAUACAUAAAAUUUGACUUAAAAUCAGAUAUUUAUUAAUCCUAGUAAAGCUAAUAUUUACAAUUUAGGAUUGAUAUUUUUAAGAUUACUUUCAAAUUAUCAAAUUAAAAAUACUAAAGAAUAAUAAUUUUAUUUAAUGGAAAUAAAUUUGGCUCUUUAAUAAUUUUAAUUCCCUAAUUUAAAACCAUUACUUGAGGAAAUGCUAAAAGAGAAUGAAGAAUAAAGAUAUGAUUCUUAUUAAUUAAUAUAAUUUAUUAGAAAAUAUUAAAAAUUAAAUUCAAAAGAAUUAUUUUUUACUUCACAACCACUAUAAUUAUUAGAAGCUUAAUAAUAAUAAACUUUAUAUGGAUAUUAAAACAAUUAAAUUUAUCAAUAUCAGUAAGUAUUUAAAAUAUAUACAAACAUUUUAUCUACUAAUUUAUAGGUAUUAUUUGUUUAAUCAAAUGAUGAAGGUUAAUUGAUUUUACUAGUUAAAUAAUUAAAUUAAAAGACAUUCAAAUAUAUGUUAUUAUAUAUUUCGUUGUCAUAGAAUCAUUUUGAAUAAUAACAACAGCAUUCAACAUUAAUUAUUGAAGAAUUAGUUAACUUUUAAAAAUUUGCAGAAGAAGAAUAAUAAGAUGAAAUUGAAAACCCUUAAUAGUAAAUAAUAUGGUAGAAUUGUUAAUAUAUCUAAUCUCCACAUACAUUAAUUAAAGAAAUUUAAGUUCCAAUAUUUGAUUUAUAAAAUGUAAAUGAAUGUACAUUUUUGAUAAAUGGAGAUGAAUUUUAUUUUUUUGGAUUUGGUAUAACUAAUGAAAUAAGAAGAGUUGGAUCCAGAGAUUGUUUUGUAUAUAUACCUAAAAGAAGUCUUUUUAAAAAAGUUGGAUAUAGAACAACUUAUUAUGAAGCUUAAAUAUUAGAUUUUGGUGAAUAUUGGUUGCUAUUCGAGAAGAUAUCUAUUAAUAAUAGAAUUAGAAUAUAAUAAAUUAAUAAAACCUCAUUUAUAUGUACUGAAAGAUAAAUAAAAUUAAAAAAGAGCAACCAAGUAUUUUAUUUUAAAUAUAUGUAAAAUAUUAUUGCUAUAUCUAAUAAUUUAUGUUGGUAUAUUAACAUUGAAGCAUUUAAAGCAUUUGAAAUAUAAUGUGAUAAUAUACCAUAAUCAAUAAUCUCAAUGCAAAACACUUAAAAUAAUACAAUCUUAACAUAGGAAGGGGUAUCAACUUUAUAAUUUGAUGGUAAUGUGUUAAAAGUAUAUUGA